UUAGUUUUAUCACGUGUGAAAAAUGUUAACGAAUAAUUUCAGGAGUUUUGUGGAUUUGGCGACUCUGACGCUUCACCGCCGUCAUGAGAUGGAAGGCAGGAUCAGCGUCUUGGCUGGAAAAUGCGACCAAGCCAUCAAUAACAUAAGAAAGUUAAAGGCGCAGAGUCGCACAUUUGUGAACCAGCUCAACUGCGAGCCAUCGGAGCUGAAGGAACGGUUCCUGUCAUGCAUGAACAAGUUGGACGAGUACAUCUAUCUCAUCACCGAGUUCAACCUGUCCAUUGAUAACAUUGAAAAACAUGAGAGCAUUGAGAUAGCGCCAGUGCACGACAACUCUUACAAGAACUACCCAGUGAUGACUCCAACCAAUCUCAUGGAUGUGCUGAGCGAAGCUGCUCCCACCACGUCCACCGCCUGCGCUAACUUGUGUCCGGCUGAAAAAGAAAAGCUGCCAAUGCGCCGGCGACCGCGGCGAGAGCAGCUGCUCAUAGCGUUCUCCAGCACCUCGUGCUCCAACGAGAGUGUGGGCAACAACACGGUCGAGAAAGAGGUGCAGUGUGUCGCCGCCGACAUUCAGGAUCUAAACAUCGCAGAUCCUAAAGCCGUGGUGAACCUGCCGCAGCAGACAAUUCUCGACACGGACACGGUGUAUGAAGCGUCCAUAUUAUCCGUCGACGGUUCCACUUUCUGGAUAGUUGUGGAGCAGGCUGGUGCCUAUAAUCUACUCGAAGAGAUGACAGCAUACUACUCCCAGGAGAAGAACCGGGUACCUGUGAACCUGGAUGACCUGCCCAACUUCACCUGCUGCGUGUACCACGACGCGGACGAUACCCAGGGGUACUUCCGGGCCAUGUUCAUCAGGGUCGAGGGUACAAACAAGGAGGAAGUGUUCCUAGUGGACACAGGUGAACAGCGGCCAGUAACAUCGAGCUGCAUACAACCGUUGGCGCCUGAGUUUUGUGUAUCGCCGCCGUACGCACACUGCUGCCAUCUAGCGGACGUGGAAUUCGUGAGCACCAAGACAGACGAGAUAGAGGUAUUCCUGAAACAGUACUUGGGCAAGCCUUUCACAAUGAAAAUAGACGAUAAUUCGUCGGAAUCCCUGGGUGUGUACCUGUUUCUAGACGAUGAGAACACCCUCAACGAUUCGCUGCUUCAAGAGGGGCUAGCUACAGCCCUGGACAAGCCGACUCGCACAGAGCAGCAGGCUCGAGCACCAGCCCGCGGGCCGCCGGAGCUGCGCGCCUCCAGCGAGCACUACUACAGCGGGCCCGAGCAUGAGAACCCCGUGGAGGCCGUCACAGAGGCUCGAGCACCAGCCCGCGGGCCGCCGGAGCUGCGCGCCUCCAGCGAGCACUACUACAGCGGGCCCGAGCAUGAGAACCCCGUGGAGGCCGUCACACCGGCUCGCACAGAGCUGCAGACUCGAGCACUAGCCCGCGGGCCGCCGGAGCUGCGCGCCUCCAGCGAGCACUACUACAGCGGGCCCGAGCAUGAGAACCCCGUGGAGGCCGUCACAGGCUACAACAAUCGCGACGAAAUGGACAUCUGCAAGCACUAUACAGGGGGGUCGGAGAAGACGUGCUUCAAGGGCAGCCGCUGCAAGAAGCGACAUGUUAUGAAACACCCUGAUGGCUGGACACUAGAUCGUGUGCCGACCCCAAAAUGCCGUCCUCCCGUGCUGCCCGCGCCGGGCACGUGGCACAAAGUGGUCGUCACGUACGUCUGCCACUUCGACCGGCUCUACGUCAUGUUCCAGCAAGAACCGCCUAAAGAGGAGCUGCAUACUUUCGGUCUGGUGCUGCCGCCCGUGACCCUGGCGGCGCUCGUCCGGGACAUGAACAGCCCCGCCACCUGCGCCGCUCACAGACCGCUGCAGACGGCGCCGGCGCCGGGCGAGCUGGUGGCGGCGCAGUACCGCGACCGCCUGUGGUACCGCGCAAGAGUCAUCUGCGCCACGCCGCCCGACCAAAACGUCGAGGUGAUGUACAUAGACUACGGCAACGUCCUAUCCGUGAAAGAAAACGAGAUAAUGGAACUAGAACCCCGUUUCACGGUGCUGCCGGCCCAGGCCGUGCUGUGCCGGCUAGCCGGCGUGGACAAGCUCAGCGACGACCGCCGGAGCUGGGUCACGGCCAAACAGAGGCUGUCCAGCCUAGCGCAGGACCAGACCAUGGAGGCGCAUAUCAUUGCCCGCGGCUACGACGAGGUGACAGUGGAGCUGUUCGACCAGCAGGGCUCCAACCUCGCCGAGCAGCUCGCGGCCGGCGGCGCCGUCGCCUACACGCGCGACUACAAGGUCGAGGACGACUCCAAGCGGCGCUACCAUCUAGUGCAGGCCUGACCCCGAAAAAUAACCUCAAAUAUUGACAGAUUACUUCAUAUUCUGAUAAUACGCGUGCUAAAGAACAAAAACGAUCGAUUCCAGUUAUAAGUUAGUUAGAUUCCAAAAAUAAUCACCAGAUUCCAGAAAUAAUCACCAGAUUCCAAAAAUAAUCACCAGAUUCCAAAAAUAAUCACCAGAUUCCAUAUAUAAUUUUAGCAGAUUCCAAAACUAAUAGUAUUUUAGUCUAAAACUAGGCUCCAAAAGCUAGAUGUCCUAAAAUUACUUCUUCGGGUUCCAAUAAUCUCGCCACUAAGAGUGACAGAGAUAGCAGUACUGCGUGGCGCUCUAAUCGCGUUGCAGCAAAUUUUGUUUUGCAGAACUGUUCGAUCUGCAGCAAAUAUAGAUCAAGCAAAUCUUGUCAGUAGAAAAAGGCGCGAAAUUCAUAUUUUCUAUGAGACGAUAACCCUUCGCGCCUACAUUUUUCAAUUUUGCCGCCUUUUUCUACUGGCAAUAUCUGCUUGACCAACAACAAUUGCACUGUAGUCCAACUAGACAACUAGAUUGACCGCCGGCACUAUCGGCGCGACAACAAUUCCGUUCCACCGGUCCAACUUCUUUGACCAAUGUGUAUUGCGUCUCACAUUUCACUUCAAUGAGAGAGUGAGACGCGCUGAGUUUGGACAAAGAAACGCACACAUAUACAUAAUAUAUAAUAAGAUUAAUAAGUAUUUAAUUACACAAACGGGUCUACCGCGAUAUAAUUUCAUUGUUUUUACCUUUAAUGCCGACGUUUCAGCUGAGUUGCACCAGCUGUGGUCACGGAAAGACUGACGUCCCAACGGAAUUAAAGGUAAAAACAAAGAAAUUAUAUCGCGGUAGACCCGUUUGUGUAAUUAAAUAUGUGUACAAAACGCGAGAGUUUAAAGUGUUAUAAGAUUAAUAAGGUCAAUUUAGAAUAAAAUAUUCGUUUUAUUUUCAAACUUUGCCAUAUGGUUAACUUAAUGUUGGUCUAACUCGAUGAGUUUUGAUGACGUUUGAAAAUUCUUUAAUUUUAGAACAAGGAUUUAUAUUAAGAGGAUACUAUGUUACUUAUGUUAAGAGCAAAGACUAGGUCAAACCUAAACAGCUAAGCUAUAUAAUAUAUUCAAUAAUUGUGAUAUUAUUCAAAGGUUCCUCAAUGUUAAUACUGAUCAGAGUGAUGAGGUGAGACCUCAUCACUCUGUUGUUAAACACUACCUUUAAGUAUAUAUCAUUUUUGGCAUUAGAAAAAAGUUAAACAAUAUUGACGUAUCUUUUAUGUAAAUACUUUAUUGCCUAUAAAAUAACUAAGACAGGUUAAAGUAGAAUAAUCAAGUUACAAAGAGAUAUUACUCGUAAAACUAUCUAUAAACUAAACUAACAUUUAAAAAAAACUGUACUUCAAAAUUAAACUAAUACAGAAAAAAUACCCACAUAUGAAAGGUCCCCCAUGUGUGUCCCCUGCGGAAGGGUGCCCAUGACGCUGGCUACAUUACCCUGCUGGGUGGCUAUGCCUAUUCUUUGUAGGAAUAAGCCAGCCCUACGGUCAUCCGGGGUCUCAUGUAGUCAUUUUAUUAAAAAUAGCUUUUAAUAAUUGUAACUCUUACGUAUGAAACCAAAAGUGACGGUGUGACUUAUUUUUCUGGAGUGCCUUUCAAUAAAAAAAUAACUUCAAGAUUGUUUAUUUUUUUAAUGCUAAAAAUAACGUAGUAAGGUAAGGUAUAGGUAUACUCCGGUUUCCAAAUAUCACCCAUAAUAAUUCCAUGGUGUCAGUCUAUUUUCAAAAUUAAAUGAUAUUUGGAAUUACCGAAAAAUACUUAAUAUCUUACUUUAAAAAAAACUCGUUAAAUCAAGACGUUAAAUAUACUGGGUCAAGCAAAUCUUGUCAGUAGCAAACGGCGGCAAUUUUGAAAAAUCGCGGGUUAGCUUCGAGCAACACCGGCUUCCGACAGGUCGGAAGGGAGGGGCCCAAGCGAUAUCUCGCCGUACAAAUCUUUCUGCCAUUUUUCGCGGGGGGAAAGGUGCACACAGUCGCAUUUCUCACACACUUACAUACAAAAUCCAAUCUGUAAUGACGACACAAAUACAUAGAAAAUGACACACGUCAAAGACAAAUCUUGCAAACCUCGAUCUCUUUUUGUGUACGGACGAGUGACUAGUGUCACAACACGCACACUAACACAUUUUCGUUGAAGUAUGUCAUUGUCAGGGGUCGGACAAAAAGUGCGGAUGACGUAAAAAUGACGUAAUCUUGCACACAGGAUGAUGUUUGAGUUUGUAUUUAAACUUCCGUGUGACAUGUAGUAACAAAGUAGUAUUAAUGAAGUAAC